ACUUGCUAUAUAUACCGUCUGCCGAGCCGAUGGGGGCACAGUUCAGCAGCAGCAGCAGCAGCAUCAGCAGCAUGAAGGUCCUGGUCGUCCUGAGCGCUAUUCUCGCUGUGGCUCUGGCAAAGCCCGGCUACCUGGGAGCCGCUCGCGCCAUCGCCGCCGCUCCCGCUAUCGCCGCCGCCCCAGCACUGGCCUACAGCGCUGCUCCUGCAUUGGCCUACAGUGCUGCCCCCGCCGUCGUCGCCGCCCCCAUCCACGCAGGAUACGCCGCCUACGGCCCUGCCAACAUCGUCCUCGGAUCUGACGGCAUCCCUUUGGACACCCCUGAGGUGGCCGCCUCCAAGGCAGCCCACUUGAACGCCGUGGCUGAGACACGCGUGCGCGACGCCAUCGUGAACAGCGCCGCCGUCGUUGCCGCCGCCCCCGCUGUCGCUGCCGCCGCCCCCGCCGUCAUCGACGCCAGGACCGUCGCCGCCCACGCCAUCGCCGCCCCGGCCCUCCGCUAUGCUGCUGCCGCCCCCGCUGUGGCCUACUCCGCCAUCCACCCUGGAUACGCUGCAUACGGACCGGCCAACAUUGUGAUCGGCCCCAACGGCGUUCCUCUGGAUACCCCUGAGGUAGCUGCUGGAAAGGUGGCCGACGCCGUCGCCCAUCUGGAAGCUAAGGCUCGCAACGGUCUAAUCCUCUGAACUGUCACCGAUGGCGUUACGACGACUUGAUGCAAUCAAUGGUACCUGUGAGGCUUAAUUUUUUUGAAAACGUUGCUGUGAUACCUGAAUAAAACUGUACAUUUCA